UUUAUUUUGUGUCACUGUUACAAAAAAAAAUUUUCUUUAAAAGAAUAAAAAAAAAAUUAAAUUAAAAAUCACUAAUUAUUAAAAAUUUAAUUAAUAAAUGUAAUUUAUAUAAUUUUCAACAUGGACCAUAUUUUAACGAUAAUUCUUACAUUUUUCGUCAUUUUUGCAAAUGCUCAAAAUUCUGAUGAUCCUUCAAAUCCAUUUUCGGAAUCAAAAUGUGGUGACACUUUUACGAGGGUAUGUAAAAAUUUGAAAUAUCGAACUAUGGAUGGUUCAUGUAAUAAUAAAUUGCAACCAACUUGGGGUAUGUCUUUUACACGAUUUGGUCGUCUCGUUCCUGCAAAUUAUGCAGAUGGAUAUUAUGCACCUAGACUUGCAAAAAGUGGCGAAACUUUACCACUGGCUCGCGAUCUCAGUCGCGUUUUGAGCCCAGAUAAAAAAAUAAUUGACAAAAAAUAUACUGCAUUAGUCAUGCAAUGGGCUCAAGUUGCAGCGCACGAUAUUAUUUUAUCUGAUUUUCGCAAAUCUACCUCGGAAAAUAAUUGCUGCUCGGAGAAAGGAAAAUUAAUUCGUGAUCCCGCAAAGUAUCCACUUUGUUAUCCCGUUCUUGUACCAAAGGACGAUCCCGAUUAUGGAAAGAGUGGUAUCGAAUGUUUUAACUUAUUUGUUCGCAGUAAUACCGAUGUUGCACGCGGAUGUGCUCCACGUGAUGGAGUUCAAAAUCAGUUAGCACUGACUACUUCUUACUUUGAUCUUUCACUUGUUUAUGGAUCAACGGAUAAAGAAGCUGCAAGUUUACGUGAAUUUAGAGGCGGUAGAUUAUUGGCAGACGUUCGUAAAAAUCAAGAAUGGCCACCACAUAGUGAUACUUGUGCUAAGGAAGCGGAAGUUUGCUAUAGAACGGGUGACGUAAGGACAAAUCAAGGUAUUCAAUUGGCAAUUUUUGUCGUUGCUUUAUUCCGACAACAUAAUCUUAUGGCUGGGAAAUUAGCGAAAUUAAAUCCUCACUGGAAUGACGAGAGACUUUAUCAAGAAACGCGAAGAAUUUAUAUUGCCAUUAGUCAACAUAUCACGUAUAACGAAUUGUUACCAAUAAUCUUAGGUGUAGAAAAUUCAUAUCGUGAAAAAAUCACUUACAAUACCGCAAAUUAUGUAAAUGAUUACAAUUUAUCUGUGGAUGUUAGCACUUUAGUUGAAGUUGUCUCUGCAGUUAUGCGCUCUUUUCACACAUUGCUCAGUGCAAAUUUCAACAUGGUGAAUGAAAAUCGCGACCCACCUCAUGGAAAAGCAAACGUGAAUAAUCUUUUUAACAAUCCCACAAUUAUUGAGAAGGGCGACAAUUAUGAUUGUCUAAUGAGAGGAUUAGCCUCACAACCGCAAGAAGGGGCUGAUCAAUAUUAUGAUAAAAUGUUUACUGUCGACUUAUUUCUUGGGGUGACUAAAGUAAAAACCGAUGGACGGGCAGUAGAUAUUCAGAGAGGACGAGAUUAUGGACUUGGCACUUACAAUAAAUAUCGUGAAUUUUGUGGCUUCCCUCGGGCUGUAAAAUGGGAAGAUUUCUUAGAUUUUAUUCCCCUUGAUGAUGUUAUUGAUAUGAUCACUCUUUAUGACAGUCCGGAUGAUGUUGAUUUAACAGUAGGAGGUUCUUUAGAAAAACUUGUUCCUGGAUCAUUGGUGGGACCAACUUUCCAAUGUAUAUUGAAUAUACAAUUUUAUAGAGCUAGAGUGGGUGAUCGAUUUUUCUUCGAAAAUGGAAAUAGUGGACAUCCUUUUACUUUAGAUCAACUUAAUGAAAUUCGAAAAUUCUCUAUCUCGAGGAUGAUUUGCGACAAUACUGAUACUAAAUCAAUACAGCGUCGGGGAUUCGAACAAAUUUCAAAAGUAAAUCCACUUGUAAGUUGUCAAUCAAUUCCAAAUAUCGAUUUAUCUCUUUGGAAAGAAUGUGAUCCUUCAAAUCCAUUUUCGGAAUCAAAAUGUGGCGACAGUUUUAAUAGAGAAUGCAAAAAAUCAAAAUAUAGAACCGCAGAUGGCUCUUGUAACAAUAAAUUACAUCCCACUUGGGGAAUGACAUUCACUCGUUAUGCUCGUCUCGUACCUGCUAAUUACAAUGAUGGAUAUUAUUCACCCAGACGGAGUAAAAGUGGUAAAACUUUACCUUUGGCUCGAAUUCUUAGUUAUGUAUUCAGUCCGGAUAAAAAAAUAGUGGACAAAAAAUAUAGUUCAUUAGCAACACAGUGGACACAAAUUUUAACACACGAUAUUGUUUUAUCUGACAAUCGUGAAAAUACAACGGAUACAAAUUGUUGUUCGGACAAUGGUAAAUUAGUUCGUAAUCCUGCAAAGUAUCCACUUUGUUAUCCGGCGUUAUUACCAAAAGAUGACGUUGAUUUUGGAUGGAGUGGAAUAGAGUGUUUCAAUUCAUUUAUUCGUAAACAUACUGAUGUUGAUCGUGGAUGUGGUCCACGUGAUGGGGUCCACAAUCAGUUGGUAAUUACCACUCAUUUCCUCGAUCUUUCAGGAGUUUAUGGAUCUACUGAUAAAGAGGCUGCUAGUUUACGAGAAUUUAACGGCGGUAGAUUAUUGACUGAAACACGAAAAAAUAAAAAAUGGCCACCCAAGGAAAAUACUUGCCUUCAGAGCGCAAAAGUUUGUUACAAAACUGGUGAUCAAAGAGCAAAUCUCGGUGUAUCGUUGGCAUUUUUCUCAGUUAUUUUAGUAAGGGAGCAUAAUCGAAUUGCCAACGAAUUAUCACAAUUAAAUCAUCACUGGGAUGACGAAAAACUUUAUCAAGAGACCAGAAGAAUUUUUAUCGCUGUAGAACAACAUAUCUCGUAUUAUGAAUGGAUACCAAUAUUUUUAGGUGUAAAGCAUUCUCAAUUUUAUCGGCUAAUUUAUAAUACAACUGGAUAUGUAAAUGAUUAUGAUCCAUCUAUAAAUCCAAGUAGUAUUAAUGAAGGUGUCGCUUCAGUGCUUCGUUCAUUUCACACACUACUUUCCGGAGAGUUAAGCUUAAUGAAUGAAAAUCGCGAUCCACCUUAUGCAUCAGCAAAUAUAAAUGAUAACUUUAAUAAUCCGAGCCUUAUUGAAAUAAAUGAUAACUAUAAUUCACUAAUUAGAGGAUUAGCAACACAACAUCAGGAAGCUUAUGAUCAAUAUUAUAAUGAGGAGAUGACAGUUUAUGUGAAUCUUGGUCCGGGAAUAGUUCGAUCCGAUUCUCGUGCUCUUGAUAUUCAUCGAGGUCGAGAUCACGGUCUCGGAACUUACAAUCAAUAUCGAAAAUAUUGUGGUUUUCCUGAAGCCAAAAAUUGGGAAGAUUUCUUGGAUUUCAUUUCCAUUGAGAAUGUAAAAGAUUUAAAGAGUACUUACGAAUCGCCGGAUGACGUUGAUUUGUCAGUUGGAGCUAGUUUGGAAAGGUCAGAACUGGGAUCUUUGAUUGGACCCACAUUUAAAUGUAUAUUAACGGCAGAAUUGUAUCGAAAAAGAGUGGGUGAUAGAUUUUUCUACGAAAACGGAAAAAGUGGUUUUCCAUUUACCCUGGAACAAUUGAAUGAAAUUCGCAAAGCAACUGUUUCGAGAUUACUUUGCGAUAAUAGUGACAUACAGUCAAUUCAACGUCGCGGAAUGGAAGUAAUUUCAAAAAAAAAUCCUCUCGUGGGUUGUAAAUCUAUUCCAAAAAUAGAUUUAUCUCUCUGGAAGGAAUAAUUUGUUUUUUUAAUUUUUGUUAUUUAGUUUUUACUUUUUUCUUUAUUGUUAAGUAUAUUUUGUACCAAAGGGUUUCAAACACGUAGAACCUCAAAUAAAUAAUAAAUAAAUAGUGAAAAAAAAUUGUUAUA